AUGGAGGAACCCAUAAAAAAUGCCGACAACCAUGUCUGCGAGAAAUCGUUCGACUGUAGCACCCUUUCGGUGCCUAGUUGUCAUGCCACCCGAAGGUUACACGAGGACGUGGAUACUGCCAGGCUGCCCAAGUCUAGAUCAUGUAGUAACAAGAGGCUUAAUAGACUCGGAGUGUACAUUCCCUUCUCGAAUACCGAUGGUCCCUCAUAG